GAAGCCGGCGGCUCUUCCUGGCGGGCCUCCUCCAACACUUCCUCGGGUGGGUCUUCAGGGUGCCGACCCGUUUGCCCUGGAUUUCCGAAGCCGGCUGCCACGUCGGUUCUGCCGGUGCCUUAAAAUGACUACCUCUUGAGUUGAGAUGACCCCGUGCGGAUAAGAGGAAAGCCAUAAGGAGAAAGUCACCGUUGAAAGAAAGAGAUGUCCCCCCACCUCCCUUGGUGCUCUGUUUGCAUGGUGGCAAUGAUAUUCUGUGCUACGCUGGAGCCGUCGCAGAGUCAAGAUUGUUCCACAGAGAAGACUGAGAAUGCCACUGUUGAUCUCAAAGCGGCCCUCUCCAGAGGCGUCCGGGGGUCCGAUCCGGUUCACGUGGCAUCUUGGGAAGCGUGCGUCAACACUUGCUGUUUUGGACACAGCAUAUCAGGUGACAAGAAGUGCAGCUUAGUCAUCUUUAAGCCCCAAAAGAGAGGCAACGCCCCCAAUUGCUACCUGUUUCACUGCCCCACAGAGGGAGCCUGUCCAUUGAAGCAAGCAGUAGGACUGGUGACCUACAGAACAAUAAGAGAUGCAGAAGUUCCGAAACCAACUUCUUCCCUAAACAAGUCCCUGGAUCUAAUUGCGAAUGGGAGUUUUGCGUCUCCGAAAGCUGUCCUGAUUGGCACUUCUGGUCCAACAACCUCUCCAAACUGGCUGGGUUCUUCUCCAAAGUCUCCUGCCUCGAAGAUGAUGAAAAUACUCUUGAGCCAGAUAGAGGGACCUGUAGAUAAGAGUCACAGGCACUCUCACCACCCAGAAGGUGAAGGGGCAAACCCUUCAGAAAGUUUAGAUUCUUUGCCAACACAUCAAACCGUUAGUUUGGUGACCCCAACAGAUUCUCCUCGGGACCUAGUUCCCAUCAAACAAUCCACUGUUGAACUACCUGCUGUUACGCCUUCCAACCAGGCAAGGCUUGUGGCCACUGUUCCUCCUAGUAAUGCAACAGCCACUAGGCGUGCCACGGCUGACUACGGGAAUGCAUAUGUGGCAACUGUGAGUCCGAGAAGAAGCAGCCCUGCUCCCCAGCCGACAGCCACUUCCCAAGUGAAAGCCAGCAGCCUCAGCCCUCUGCCUCCCAGCCUGUCCAAGAAGGGUUCAUCAGCUGCGUCACACAAGGCCCACCUUAGUCAUGGGCAACUGAGCAGGGAGGGCGCCACGCUUAGCAGGCCUCCGGGUGAGACGCACGCCUCCUACUUGGGCGACAGAAGUGUCCUCCUAGCUGUGUUGCUUUUCGGGGUGAUAUUUCUGCUCUUGGCUCAAGUGGCAAUAGGCCGGAAACUGCUGGAAUCUCUUCGGCACAGGCGCUACUCUAGGCUGGACUACCUGAUCAACGGCAUGUACGCCAACGUAUGA